UGGACGGUUGAAUUGAAAGAUGUCUAUUGUUUCGAGGAAGGAGUUUUUCUCUCUUUCGCUUGCCUCAUACUUGCUAACAUUAUCUGUAUUGUCUGCUGGAGAAAAUCGGACCUUUCCAGGAGCGAUUCUGACAAAGCUUAACACUAGAUUGAAAGGAUUUACCUUUAAGUCCCAGGAGAGUCCCAGCCAGAUUUUCUGCAGUCAAUCUUGCCUCUCAAAUUCAAGAUGUCGUUCGAUAAACUUCAAAGAAAUAUCACCAUUUCAACGCCGCGGACUGUGCGAGUUGAACGAUGAGCAAUCGAUGGAUUCGGUAGGUCUAGAGGACAAUCUAAGACACGAGGAAGGAUUUGUCUUUUCUCGUUUUUCCAAAGAUAACGAGGAUGAUUGCCAAUGGCGAAGUUGUCAAAAUAAUGGCGUUUGUGCAUUUGACAAGCAACAUUAUGCAUGCUCAUGUCAUGUACCAUGGACGGGGAGCUUCUGUGAAACAAAACUUGUCUGGUAUAAUUUUACCUCGCUGGGUGCGGAAGGACGAAAUGGCCCCGAAAGUAAUGCCGGUCACAGAGGAACUGGACUAAGGGACGUGCAAGUGAUCGAUGGAAAACAAGAAUGGAUUGUACCAUUUACUGGCAGAUUCCAAGUGGAGGCAUGUGGAGCGUCUGGUGGGAAAGGGUUUCAGAAUGGAGGUAGAGGGGCUAAAAUUAAUGGCAUUGUCUUGCUGGAAAAAGGAGUCAAACUUGUCAUACUUGUUGGACAGAAAGGCGUAUCGCCAAGUGGGGGUAGCUCAGGGAGUGGUGGUGGAGGAACAUUUGUUGUUUAUUCUCCUCAGAUGAGGCCUCUUCUCGUAGCCGGUGGGGGAGGGGGUGGUCGAUCUAAAUAUGGUCUUCCAGGUAACGAUCAAGUAAAUGGGAGCGGCAACGCUGGCGGCGGCAUUGGGGAGGGUGGACGUAUUUGUGUCGAUCCUUCCAAGGGAAUAGAGCCCGACUCUGGAACCGGAGCUGGGAUUAACGGAAGUGGAGGAUGUUUUGAUCGUGUACAUCCUAGAGAGAUCUGUUCAAUGCAAGUAUGUAACAAAGGAGGAAAGUCCUUUAUUGCAGGAGGUAAGGGGGGAGAGGUGGCAGGUUGUGAUGGUGGCUUUGGCGGAGGAGGAGCCUGUAAUAACUUCGCUGGGGGAGGGGGUGGAUAUACAGGAGGUGGAAUUGAUUUUGAUGAGGAGAAGGGAGGGGGGGGAGGGUCCUAUGUGGAAAACGCAACAUGGAGUAUCACAAAAGGAGGUUGUGACGAGGGGGAUGGUUAUGUUUCAUUCCACAAUGAAGACUGA